UAAUACUCCGCAGCAUGAAUGCCAUUAUGUUAACGCGCAAAAUGAGCAGUUCCUGGUGUCCAAUGCUUUUCAAGUAUAAAGUGAGAAAAGCCUGAAUUGUGCUUUUAUCAUUUGAUUUAUGAAUACCGGACUAAUAUAUUUUACCAUAAGGCUGAAAACUUGAAGACCAUGAGAUGUAUAUUGCUGUGAAAUGACCCCUUCUGUUAACCCUUUGAAUGCACGAGAACAGAAUUUCCAUUACAGCAAAUGGUGAAGAAAGCGUCCCAGUAAGGGGAAAGAAUUAAUUUUAAUGAAUAGUGUAGAUCUGUUGCGCACAAUGAUUCUAUACUGCAGAGAAACGGACAUCUAAAACAGCGCACUCCGUAAGGUUUGUCAUUUAAACUCCACAGAAAUAAAAUGGCAGUCUGAACGUAAAGCACUGUACAUCUGGAAUCAAGUUUCAGUGAUUCUAAUAUAGUGCAACCCUGUGCACCUACCUCCCAUCCAAUGGCCCCACCAAGUCCCCUCACCAACAGCAACAGUAGUGGCAGCAAUAAUACAGGUUGGGAACAGCUCAGUAAAACAAACCUUUACAUCAGAGGACUGCCACCAGGCACUACUGACCAAGAUCUGGUGAAACUCUGCCAGCCGUAUGGCAAAAUAGUAUCGACAAAGGCCAUUCUGGACAAGACAACUAACAAAUGCAAAGGUUAUGGCUUUGUGGAUUUCGACAGUCCAGCUGCUGCUCAGAAGGCUGUGGCUGCCUUAAAGGGCAAUGGUGUCCAAGCACAGAUGGCAAAGCAACAAGAACAAGACCCCACAAACUUAUAUAUCUCCAAUCUACCACCAUCAAUGGAUGAACAAGAACUGGAGAAUAUGCUGAAGCCAUAUGGACAAGUAAUCUCCACACGAAUACUCCGAGAUGCCAAUGGCACAAGCCGUGGUGUUGGCUUUGCAAGAAUGGAAUCAACAGAGAAGUGUGAAGCAGUCAUAGCACAUUUUAAUGGCAAAUUUAUUAAAACCCUGCCUGGUGUCCCCGUUCCCAUAGAACCUUUGCUAUGCAAGUUUGCAGAUGGUGGUCAGAAAAAGCGACAAAAUCAGAACAAAUAUGUGCAGAAUGGUCGAGCGUGGCAUCGAGAGGGCGAGGUGAGACUUAUCCCUCCAUGGCCUCGCCCUUCCUGUAACCUCCUACAGCUCCACAAACCUCCAAGAUAUCUGCACUAUUCUAAUUCUGGUUCCUGGAGCAUCCCCGAUUUUAAUCGCUUCAAUGCGGGUAUGACCCUCACGUAUGAUCCCAGCGCUAUGCAAAAUGGAUUUUAUUCAACGCCAUACAGUAUUGCAACAAAUAGAAUGAUUGCUCAGACAUCUCUUACACCAUAUAUUGCAUCUCCUGUUUCAACAUAUCAGGUGCAAAGUACUUCCUGGAUGCCACACCAACCUUAUCUUAUGCAGCAUGCUGGAGCAGUAAUGUCGCCAUCUAUGGAUCAUCCUAUGCCAAUGCAGCCUACAUCAAUGAUCAGCCCGCUGACGCAGCAAAUGAGUCACCUCUCAUUAGGCAACACAGGAACGUACAUGCCUGCUGCUCCAGCUAUGCAGGGAACAUAUAUCCCCCAGUACACACAUGUGUCAACAGCUGCUGUUCCAGUGGAGGAGCCUAGCGGUCAGCAGCAGCAAGUUUCUGUAGAGACAUCAACUGAACACUCUCCCUACUCUUAUCAGCAAAGCAAGUAAUUCUCAGAUGUGCAAUGAUGGCCCUUCCCCACCUAGCGGAGGACAUUGAAGGACUGAAACAAUCAUGGAUUCUAAUCUAAUAUGCUUUAACAUUGUCAACCUUUUGCACAGGUUCUGAAAAAAUAUUUGUAAUAAAAUCAGCUGAAGCAGACUAUUUUGGUAUAAGUUCUGUGAAGUACAUAUAAAUGCUUACAUUCAUCAAGGGGUAAAUAAACCUCCAGGAAAUAAGUUUAUUUUAUUAAGGAAAGAAAGCUUAUUUUUAAGAUUUUGUCUAAACAGCAACAUAAACCUUCUGUAUGCAUAGAUUGAGAGAGUGAAACUUAUUAUUAAAGAUGCAUGGCAGAUUAGUCUUCAUAGACUAAAGAUGUCUGUAUGACUUAUAUUACUUCUUCUGUAUUAUAUACCUGGAAUUUUUCUGAAGUUUCAAAUUAGACCAGGUACCUUCCACUGAUAUACUAUGCUUGCUGUGUGAGUGUUGUUGUUGUUGUGAAGUGUUACAUUGUUAGUCUUUUUCUUUUAAAUGCCUACUUUGUUAUAGGUAGAGUGAUGUGAUUAUAGAUUUAAAUUUUUUCCUCAAGCUACAAUUUGCCUUAAACCUCAUGUUUCAGUAGCUGAAACAUUUUAAAAAUCUCUAUAAGAUAUAGUGCUUUGGCCAUACAAAAUGGCUCAGUAAUGCCUUGUAAAUCAGCAUUAAUAGACUUUUAUAGAGUUGAUAGUCCUAAUUUGACUGGUUGUGGAUCACACCUUUUUAAUGUAUUGUAGAUUUUUUUUAUAUUUUUCAUUGUUCUUAGCUAAGUAAUAAUUGAGGUAGAAAUUUUAGGAGGAAAAAGCAUGUGUUGGGUGAAAUACAUUUUCUGAGUUUGAUGAAAUUUUAACAAUGAAGUGUUUUUAAGGUGGUUUGGGUUGUAAAUUCAUCAGAUAAUAGAAAAGAGUUAGGAAUUCUGCUAUAUUGUGAAAAUGAAAAAAAUCUUUUGGCUUUUUUCAAAAUAAAUUGAUGUUGUAGUUUUAGAGUAGAUAAAAAGGGUAAGAAUGGGUGUGCCUGUCAUAGUAAUGUUUUUUCUUCAGCUUUAGCAGGUUUUAAGAGUUGCUAAAGCUUAGAUGAUUUAUGAAUGCUCACAAGGUAGCAAAUAAAUUAGUUGAUUUUAAAGAAAAAAUAUGAAAGCUAAACCAGUUUUGUUCAUUGAAAAUAAACAGAGAUUGGCAUAAUUUUGAAUGGGUACUAGCUCUUUGUUAGGUAUAUAUAAAAAAAAAGACUUGGCACUUUUGAAGGUUAAUAUUACCAAAGAAUUAUGAGCUAGAAACUAGUCAAAUGGGAAAAAAAUGUCAGCCUAGAGUUUCUUCUGUACACAUUUUAUUUUGUGCCGGACCAGUUUGCGAUUAGAUGUGCCUUUUUACGUGCAUUUGCAUUUAAUUUUUUUAAAUGUAGGGACACAAAGAAGCAUGAAGGAAGGUUUUGAUCCAAGCAGUGCCACACUUUAUAUAAUUUUCAUUACCAUCAUCUUCACUACAUGUGCUAGAGUAAUAAGAAUGAUUUUGAAGCUAUGAAGUCACUGAUAACUAUUUGGAGCUUUACCUGAUAGAAACAGUUUUAUUUCACAUCAAGCCAGUAGAGCUCACCUCAUUUAUUCAUGACUUGUAUUUAAAAAUAAAUAAAAUAGGUUGUCUUCCAAGAGACUGUGCAUUUGUCUGGUCAGCUGUUUGAUCAGUUAUCUACCUCAAGGUUGUGUUUUCUGUUUUACUGGGUCAGGUUGCUGGGCCUGCCUGCCUCACUAGACCAAAUCACUCUAGCUCAGGAGCUAGGGCUAAACAAGUUAUUUUUUCAUGUGUUUAGCUAUUUUUCAGAAUUAUUGUAAUAUGUCAAUGUAUUAAGUUCUUGUCAUCAGUAAAUUUCAUAGUUUCAAAAUAUUUGCUGCUGAAGAGAUUUUUUUUUAAAAAUAGUGUUUGUUAUAUUCUCAACACAUAUAUCUUGUGAAAAGCAAAACAGUUGUGGUAUUACUUGAUCAGUACUCCCUAGAAUAUUUCUGCUGUGUCAAAAUCCAGGCAAAUUGCAGCUGAUUGAUUGCUAGAAUCAGAGCUACAGACAAAUAUUGGAUUAUUGCGUAUCGUUCAAGACUGAAAUCUGAGAGGUCUAUAUAACUGUGUGGAAUUGGCUGCUGUUUAAUAUCUGAACUAAGUGCCAUACUCAUUAUCUGGAUAAGAUUUGGAAGAAAAUCCGCUGUACAUAAAGAAAUGAUCAGUUACCUAAAACAUCACAUUGUAGACAGCCAUUAAAUUAUAAAGAAACUUAAUUUAUGAAGAAAGACCUUUUGUACAGAUUGUUUGAAAAAGAUUUUCAUAGAGAUGUCUAUAUGAUCAAGAGAAUUAAUUUUUUAUUUUUGUUUUACUUGUGCCACAAACUUGCCAGUGGUAACUUAUUUGUCCGGUUCCAAAUGACUCAUUCUGUAGUUUUGUUUCCUAAGAUGUGUUGUUUAAGCCAAGAAAACAUUUUUGAAAUGUAAAUUAAUUUAGAUUGGUACCUUAGUAUUUCUGUUAAUUUUCUUUUGGAAAACCUUUGAAUAAAAAACAACCAAGUGAAAA